GGGCCCCAGCCCAAGCCUCAAGUGCUUGUUAAAAGCCUCUCCUUGGAGCCAGCUCAUAUCCCAAUACACCCAGAGAAACCCCAGAGGCUCCGAUCUGAUCCUGGAAACUCCUCUGACUGUAAUGGGUCUGUCCCAGAUGCAUGCAACCCCAAGCCGGUUCCUCCUAGACGUCCAGCUCACACCAAACCUGAAGUUCCUCCAAAGCCCGCACAUCUGCAGAGCGUGAGAAGACCCCGGCCUCCGGGUCAUAUUCCUCCACCCCCUUCACGUCCGUUGCCAGCAGACCCCCGACUCUCACGGGUGGCUCUGCGUCCGGACAAGGAUGGGACUCCCUCAGCAGUUACCUCCUUGAUUGAGAAAUUUGAGAGAGAGCCAAUCAUCCCACCUGAACGCAUUUAUCCAGUCAACGACGCUGACAGCCACACUGAGGUCAACAACGGGCCCUCUCAACAUUCUGGUUACAGUAUGGGAGAUCUGGAGAGCAAACUCCUGGAUCUUCUUGAACCAGAUGUAUCUCAGUCCAGUCUGGAGAGGAGGCGAAGACUUGUAGUGGGCGGGGGAGAUGCAGAAGAAAGGGGGGAACAGGACUCCUUAGGAAAACUGGCAAACAGGGACAGUGGCAUUGACAGCAUCAGCUCUCCAUCUACCAGCGAGGAGAUGUGCUUCCUUGGAGAGGUGGAGGAAGGUGGGAGAGAAGAGAUGGAGCCCCCACAUAUUACAGCACAACAUGGCUCUACUCGUGACUCAGAGGGUGAUAGCGACAUGGAGGACGGCAGUGGGGGAGAAGAAGAGAUUCCGGUUGGGAGGAUAGACUCAUGCAAGUUCACAGCACGCCAAAAAGUAUAUAACAUCGCUAAUGAGCUCCUGCAGACUGAAAAGGCCUAUGUGUCCCGCUUACAUCUCCUCGACCAGGUGUUCUGCGCUCGGCUCAUAGAGGAAGCUGGAACAAAAGGCUCUUUCCCU